AUGUCGUCUUUUGAUGUAGCCAGGCUUAUUUUUGGUAAGUAAUUGUGUAUUUGUGUUGUACAUUGAAGUUUUGAAAUUAUUUAUUAGCCUAUUAACAGUAUAUUGAGUAUAAAUAUUUUGAUUUUUUAAUCACAGUUUCUGGACUGCAAAAGUGAAGUGAAUAGAUUAAUAAUAUCUAUAAUAGAUUAUACUGAAGUCCCUCCAACUGAGCAGUUUGUACUUUAAAUGACCAAGGCUUGAACAUGCACAUCCACAAGAUAAUUCAUGAACAAAUAAUUUUGGGAGGGGGGCCAGGGGGGUGGUUAUCAUGUGCAUUAUUGCCCAACCCCAACUUGAAAGGCACCUGUGAAGAGACAGGUGUUUGAUGGAAAUUAUAAAGUCAGUAAAAGCUUAUAUAAGAGCUUUAUAUACAAGCAUGGAUGCCCAAAGUCUAUAUUUUUGAAAAUAGUCUAAUGUUUGCUGUAGGUUAUCUCUCAGACCAAGGGUUAGAAGAAACCAAAAAUUGCUUUUCUAAAGAAUCUCCAGAUCUGUUGGGGCGUGACCUUGACAAUCACAUGAAUGAAGGACGAAAAUUAUCGUUGAUUAUUAAAGAAUAUUUUAAAUUGAAAGGAAAUGGUAAGAUGUCUGUGGAUUUCUUGGUGUAAUAUUCCUGUGUGACUAGCAGGGUUUUUUUUCAGGAUUUCCUCUUGGGUCCGUUUUUGCAGAGAAGAUUGAGUUUAGCUGAACAGCUGUGGGUCAGGGGCAGCUGCGGGAGGCUGACACGUGUACCCAAUAAGUGUAGUUGAGACGCAAUGUGUUAAAGCAGACACAAUAAACUGGUUAAAGAUGGCGAAUGCGUUGUUUUUCUUGUGUUGUGAAAUGAUCGAAUUCCAGCCAUUUUUUCUUGAUUGUCGGGUUUCCAACUGAAAACUAAUUUGCCCACAUCACAAAUUUAACUCAAACAACUUCAUUUUUACUGCACUGAAACUUUGGUGAUCAAUUGAAGAUUGAGUUUUUGGGGCUGUUUUACGGUCCUAAAAAAUCCCUGAAAAAAACCCUGACUAGAAGACCUGAAUAAUGUACAAUGAUCUUGCAAUAUUUGUUUUCAGCCGUAUAGGAAACAUACAGUAUAUUGCUCCCUUAGGUCCACUAAUUAAUAUUAUGAAAAUUCAAAAGGAUAUGGUAUGCUUGUCUCGAAAAAGAACCCUCUUGAACUUCCGAUAAAUUAAGAUUUAAGACCAGUUUGUAUUGCACAUGUGAGGUAAAAAACACUUUUAACUCAUUAAGGUCUAAUAAUCACUCUUUGACAAGAACAAUCUAGCUAAUUGUUUGUGGUAGAAAGCUUUUUCACCUCUAAACUGUUAUUUCUGAAGGUCCUAUAUGCAGACCUGCCAACCUUAGAGACUGAUGUAUAGGGAGAAUUCUUAUUUAAUUAGACACUUAAUUUGUUAGGAGAAUUGGCCGUUUAGAGGGAGAAAACCCAUCAAAGCCCUUUUCAUUCGAGCAGUCAGAUUAGUGGCUCGUUCAAACUCCUAGCUACACUUGCAGCACAAGAAUCCCCUUGACUAAUGUUAAAUUGGGCACUAUCAAUCUUGGACUGAAAAUAUGACAUGAAGACGUGUUUUAACAAAUAAAUACUUCAAUUUGUACUUUCCGAACGUUAUAGAAUCCAGAAUGAAGUCAUUCCAUUUACAAUUAAUGGAUGAAAUGAAAUGCAGCCGCGCAUAGAUAUUUUUCAAUAAAAUUCAAUUAGAUCGACAAGAAAUCAGGAUAAUUGCCAGUUGCCAAUACCGGGAGGCGGGAGAAAUUUUUCACUACCGGGAGAUCACAUGUGGGUCUAUACCGGGAGACAUCCGGCUAUUGUCGGGAGAGUUGGCAGGUCUGUAUGUGUGCCAUCCCUUUCUCUUCCAGUGUUACUACAAGAGGAAACCACUGCACCCGAGAUAACUUGUAGUGUUGGUGAAUGGAGUUAAGUGGUGAACAACAGUUCAUGAGAAAUAUGACAUAUAUAUAGUAAAAUAACUUAAAUUAUAUAAAUAAAUGCUUGAGCAUGUCAAUAUCUGGUGGUUUUAUUUAUGGAACGUUUAUCAAAGUGCUAACUACAUAAUAUAUGGUAUUAGUUUACAAUGUUUGAGCUGGGAAGCUAUGUUUAUUGCCGAAUGAAAUAAAAAAUGAAACUAUCCAAUAUUUACUUGCGUGACUGUGAACUAUCAGUCUAUCACGAGAAGUGUGCGUAUGGCUUCUUAGAGACAAUAUCUCAAUUGAUCUGUGUCCGUUUCACUCACUGUCAAGAAAGGACCUUUUAAACAACAUCUGAGUACAUUGAUUAUAUAUAUUGGCCUAAUUAUUCUUUAUCACACAUUGCAUAAUGAGUUUAUACCAUGAAUGUCUAUGGUUGAAUGCCUUGUUUGUCAUUGAGGGACCAAUACAGAAAAAAAAUGUUUUGAUUUUGUCUUUGAUUCUCUUUCCCAUGGUGUAUAUAUCACCGUUUAAUACUUAAUUGUCCAUCCUUGUGUAAAGUUCUUUGGUAUUGAAGCAAGUACUUAAUAUAAUUAAAAGGGCACAUGGCUUGCUGUUAUGUAAUGGACUAAGAAGAUACAUUCAAUUGCUACCUACGAUAAUUUUGUUAAAUGGGCUACCCUUAGUAAAUUAGUUGCAGUACUGUUAAAUGUUUUUCGUUGACGCUUAACCCAAAGGCUCUCUCCUCGAUGAGUAAAAUAAUCUAGCAUUAGACAGAAUAAAAAUAACGAAGUUGGGUGCAUUGUGUGCAUUGUUAUGUAAUGGAUAAUGAGAAGAGAUAUUGGAAGAUAUACUGUAGUGCCUUACCAAUCUCCCUUCAAGUGUGUAGUUGUCUUACAUCAGACAGAAUAAUUUAAGCCAAGCACAUUUUGUCUCACUGCUGUCAAAUAGGUAAUAUAAUAGGAGGGCAGAUAUAUAGUGGCAGUUAGGUUAACUAUUAUUAAUGCUUUCUCUUAACGAAUAAAAUUGUUUCAUAUUGUUAGCCUCCUCUACAUCUGCAACUCUGUGGCAAAAUGCUGGUUAUGCAGUAUAAUGGGCCAAAUACAAUCGUAUAAAUCCAAUGUUUGGCUAGGAGUCACCAGCAUUGGUGGCUGUAUUUGCAUUGAAUUAUUACCCAUCAACACCCUGAACACUUUCCCUUGACCAGUUAAAAUUAUCUGGUGUUAGACUGGAUAAAAUGAGUGUUUUUAAGGGUGCAAUGGUUAAAGGGUUACAUGUUCUUUAUUCUGUCUAUGAUGUACUUAAUGCAACAAUUGAAAUUUGAAAUUCUUGUCUGAUAUUUUGAUCAUGUCUUGAUCUCACCAUACAUUUGAACUAGGCUUACAUAGUUGAUCAUGUACAAUACUUUCAAUGCAUUACUGCAGUAGUAAGUUUUAAACAACUUUUUUGUAGAGAAGAAAGACAUACCAACUGAUCCUGAAAAUGUGCUUUUGUCACUAUGGAAACAAUUUGACGUACUUGUGGGGCAACUAAAGUACGUUAACUUUUCAUUUGCUUCAGACGAGUAAUGGUCUCACUGUUUGAACUAGGGUGUUUGUAAUUGUUACUAUUAAAAGUCCAAAAAAUUUGAACUUCCAAGUGUGAGCCAGGUAUUCAUUUCCAAGGUGAGCCAUCGUGGUACCCUGUCCAUUUUGGAAAUGAAGCGUUGGUUAUUAACCACCUUGCCUGAGUAGUCCAAUCAGGGCAGGAAAAAAAUUUCUUCCUGGGAGCGCAACCUGGAGACAAAAAAUUCCAGCAGACCAACGGAGUAUUUUUGUGCUAAAUCUGCAUGUGCAUAAACAUAUAGUGUUCUAGCUGUCAACCAUAUGUUGUUGCGCCCACCAUAGUGGGACAUGGGUGUUAAGGUUUUCAAUAGCAAAUCUUCAUUCAAAGGAAUUUCCUGCAGCUGUUUAACAUUUCCUGCGAGCAGUACUUGCCUAUUUUUCCACCCCUGAGUCCAAUGUGAACACAAUGAGAUUUGUCUUCCACACCCUUUGGGUAUUAUUGAUCUUUUCCAUUUGAUGUUUUCUUCAGCUCAGGGCCACACACUCAACAGAUCUUUUGAAUUAAAAAUCAAUUAUUUUUCAAUUUAGUUUAUUUGUUUACUUGAAGGCAUACAACAAUCCAUAACUCAGAGAAAGACAAAAGUAGAGCAAAAAGAGGAUUUAGUGAUCAGAAAGGUUCGUUUACAACCAAAAUGACUUAAAUAAAUAAGGCAGUUCAUUUAAAAUGUUGUUGACUUUGUGAUUUUCUAGCACGUGUCAGGCAUCUGAACAAACAGAACUGGGUAGCACUUCAACAGAAAAACAAAUCAUUAGCAGCAAAUCGUGACCUACACCCUAAGCCAAUCAAUGGUGGUGUCAAUGACCUAAUCCAUGGACCUCCUAAUCCUCCUCAAUGUUCCCCUCAACCUUCUAUCAACUCUCAAUACGUUCAGAUUAGACCAUACCCUGCAGCUAAUGUGACCCCUGGUCAUGAUGUCUCUACUGUAAAUAAAACACCACUGUGGAAAACACCAACAAAAAGUGUGGUACCACAUAGUAGUGUUGGUGUAUUACAGAGUAAUAUUAUCUCUGAAAGUCUACAAGAGGUCAACUCAAGUCAAUAUCUUCAGUCUGAACAGUUGUUGCCUUCUGACAACUUCAAGUCGCCAAAACGUAAAAGGUAAUGUAUAAUUUGCAUAAUUCAGUAUUUGAAAAAUGAACCUUUGAGCAUUCUGAUUGGCUCCCUCAGCAGUAACUCUGAGGCAAUACUGUUCUACGACUCCUUCAAAUGAUGAAAUCUCGAAUCCUGCACUUUCCCCCUGUAUCCCGUUGUCGAAAUAAACCUUAUCCCGUGUAACCAGGUCUUAGCUAGAGGGCCGUGUUAUCGCGGCCAAAAAUGGAAAAACACGGCUAGAUAAAAUUAACGCGACUUCAUUUUUUAUAUAAGGCAGUGUAGGUUCAUAAAAUAAGAUGGUGCUACUUACAACAGACAGAAUUUCUUUCUGUUUACGUCAUAAAAAAGUUUGUAAAAUCUAUUGUUGUUGUUGAAAUUGGCAAAAGUGAUCCGUGAUGUUUUAAUGUUUUGAUGGAUAAUGGGAACCGAAAGGUGUUAAAGUGGUUUUAAAUACCCCCAAGAGUUGCUGAAAUAACUUAACAUUUUAAUGUCAGUGCGCAAUAUGAGUAUAUGCUCGCCUUGUAUUUGGUUGCAAAGCAUAGAACAACCACAGGCAUUGUCCGUUGUUGUAGUACACAGUGAAUUUGGCUAUUCAAGCUAAUUGACAUCUGCACACCCUGGUCAUUUAGAAACACGCCCAAGAUCUAAAAGCUAAGACCCUGCGUGUAACUCAACACCCGUUGUGGUCUCUCAUUUGUUUUAGUGUUCCACCAAAGAAAAGAACUGGCGAAACUGUACCUGCAAUGCCUGCAGCUCAAAUAUCUACGAAAACAGCUACGGUGACGUCAGCACAAACCUCUGUUCAGGAGGAUAGCCAACUUGACAUACAGGUAGAUAUUGGUCAGUUUCAGUAACUGUUACAGGACAAUACCCACUUAUAUGGUUGAUAACUGAUUAUCAGAGAUAACACGUUCACAAUUUUAAUCUAAUUUUUUCUGCAGAAUAUUGUUGACAAGAUUCUUGGUCGACCUGAACUUUCUGAAAAACUGGCAGAAAAUAUAAAUCGUGCCGUGGAGUGAGUACAAUUUUGAUUCUUACUUCGCAGUUUAGGUUUCUCCAAUUAGAAUGGUCUCCAUUUAGAAUUAAUUGAUUGCCAAUUUACUAUAUUCUAAUUUCCCAUCAGAAUGGAUGCUCUUACUAGUCAGCAGCCUGAUUUUAACAAAGUGAUGGAAAACAACAUCCAGACGGUAAAUUUAUCUACUAUCAGUCUUAAAGAUGUUUGAGGCGAAACCAGCAUUAUUCAUUUUGAGUUUUUUAGACGUUCUCAGGUUUAAAAUAUAGAUUUAUUUCACAACAUUAUUGCAACCAAUAUGAUAGCCUCGUCUGAAGGGCUUUUGUAACAACUAAGGACUAGCUUGACCCAGCUAAGAGCUUCCUCAUGUAAGUUAGAAUCCCCAUUAUCCCCCGCGGUCCUGGCGUACCCGAGAAGGCUUGAGAUUAUUUCGCUGGCCUCAGAAUGACAAAACGUAACAAAGCAACGGUUUUACUAACACUAAUCCUAUUUCAAAUACUAACCCUAAUCCUAACCAAACCCUACUCCAAGUUUGUUUCUAAACCAAUCUUGAAGAAAAACGUUUUGACGAAAUGUCAUUCUGAGGUUAGAGAACUAACAUUUCCCGCUUGGCUAUCGCUUCGACCAACUCGCGUUUUACGCACGUACAUAACUUAAACGUGUUAGGUAAAUGCAACAUUCAAGGAAUACCGAAUGGUUUUACUUGUUGCAGGAUUGCGUGAUCCAUGCACGCGGGAUGUUUCAAGAAAAUUAGCCUACUUGGAUUCCGGAAUCCAAGGAGUGGAAUCCGGAAUCCAAGGAAUGCAUGGAUUACCUUAAGCUGGAGUUACACGAGCAACAAAAUUGCUGCAACUUGCAACAAAAUCUGAUUUCAACGCAUGUUAAGUAGAAAUGUCGACACAUGUUGCCUUGUGAUUUGUAAUUUAUGUGUAAAUAUUUUCAAUUAACAUGCGUUGAAAUCAGAUUUUGUUGCAAGUUGCAGCAAUUUUGUUGCUCGUGUAGUUCCACCUUACAUGGGGCGACACGUGGACUUGCCGGCAACCGGACAAUGUUCAUAUGAGGCGGAGUCGAAAGAAUUAUUUCUGUGUUCAUACAUGACUAUUUUUAUCCCACGAAAUUCUCGGUAAACAAGUUGAACAGCCCUAAGAAAUAAUUGGCUUAAACUCAAAUUAUUAUAAACGGAAGUUUAUAAAACAAUUUCAUCCGUAAAAUUAAUUGUGUUGUCUCGAUCUACAACACACUAGAUUACUCCCGUUAAACAACAUUUUCUGACUUUCUGUUCUAUUUUUUUUUAAAUAAUCAAUAUAUCCGUUUCCUUAGUUAAUUUUGUAAUAGGAUAUAGUAGAGCUCUAGGGAUAUCAAUUAGUCCCUAAAACUACAGUACCAACCGACAGUUAAAAAAAAGAUAAGAUACAAAACAAAAUCUGAAAAACAACAUGUUGAGAAAUAUAAAAUAUGGAUUAAAACAAAAGUAAACUAGAUGUUACUCAAAGACUGUAUGCCAGCGAAUGGACCUAUUCCCUAAUGAACAAAAUUUUGAUCUAGACAAGUCUAGACAAACAUUUCACCACAGCUUCAAAGAGCAUCACAAAAUUAGUAAUAUUCCGAAGUUUCGUUGCGAAAUGUUGUAAAAUGCGGAUAAUAUAACAUUUUGUAUUAUGCACGGGAAAUUGAUACCGCUUUCUGAAAAAAGGUAUCAAUUUCCCGCGCGUAAUACAAAAUGACUGAAAAACGGCAAUCGUCGAAGGGCUAUAUUAUCCGCAUUUUACAACAUUUCGCAACGAAACUUCGGAAUAUUACUAAUUUUGUGAUGCUCUUUCAACUGCUGUGAUGAAAUUUCUGUCUAGACUUAUCUAGAUCAAAAUGUUGUUAAUUAGGGAAUAGGUCCAUUAAGUUCUGUAUCUUUUUCUGUCUAAAGUGUAAUUAUGUUCGUAGUCUUACCAAUCCAAUCUCGUGUUGCGUGUAGAUAUUGUGUUUUCGUUUGUUGCAUGUUUCGGAGUUAGUUCGUUGUCAAGCAGUAUUCUUUGUUUAAAGUGCCUAUGACACGAAAUUUUACCCCAAAGCUUUAUAAUUGCAUUGUAAAGAUCACUUAAAAUGACUUAAUAAUUUCUUUUAUAGAAUUUUGCUAACUUGCUCCCUUUUCAAGAUGAACUUUGUUUCAUAUGCAAAUAUCACCGGUGUGACAUCACAUCGCAUAAUGAGUUUUCAGAAAAGUGUAGUUUUCUUGACGAAUACGUAUCUGAAAGACUUAAAAAUUGCCAUUGUAUAUGUGUUAAUUUCAUAACUGGCAAUUAACCCUCUGGCUCUGUAUUUGUUUGUAAAAAUAUUUUAUCAAGGUAAAAUAUUGCGUUUUCAAAAUGUCAUUAUGCGUUGUGAUGUCACACCGGUGAUAUUUGCAUAUCAAACAAAGUUGAAUAUCUUGCAAAGGGAGCAAGUUAGCAAAAUUCUAUAAAAUAAAUUAUUAAGUCAUUUUAAGUGAUCUUUACAAUGCAAUUAUAAACAUUUGGGGUGAAAUUUCGUGUCAUAGGCACUUUAAUCGUUUCUCACGUUAUUAUAUGUGUUUAAAAUACUCAUUAAUAAUUCAUGAACAAAAUUCAGAAGAAAUGAAUGUUUAAUCAAUGUUUGUAAAUCGGGUAAAGAUUUGUCCUCAUUUACAUGAACUUCAGCUAUGAUUUUCUCGGCUUAGACAAUGUUUAUUUUUAAAAUUACUUCGCCAAUGAACUCAUAAGAUGGGUCGUAUUAAAGGACCUUUGGUCGUUUAUAAGCACGAUAAAACAUUCGCAUCCGAUCUUUAUCUGAUAUACAAAUAAUAUCUUACAACUUGCCUCUGAGGACAAGAAAACAACCCGUUCCUAUAUUAUCAUUAUGUUUGUUGUUGUUAUUGCGGAUUCCCUGCCAUGUGCUAAUAGUUUUUAGUAUAAUUACAUAGGUGAUUAUUGAAAAUUCUCCACGCUGAUUGGUUGCCGUUGAGGUGAUUAUUACGCGAUAAUCACCUAAGCGAUUUUCGAAAUGGCGGCGAAGCCGCGGUUUUGUCAAUUGAUGAUUCCCCUUAUUAAGUUUUCGUAGCGCUUUGCAUUGUGGUUAUAGUGGUAUCACUGAUAUUCAAGAUGGCUUAUUUUUUGUCCUGACGCGUGCAAGAACUUUAAAAAAAAGCUAGGAUCAGGUGCGCGAUACCAACAGCAAAAUAUUCGCGAAAACAUUCAAUAUUUUCAUUCGAGGCCGCUAUCUUUAUCAGUGAUACUACUAUAACCACAAUGCAAAACGCUACGAAAACGUAAUAAGGGGAAUCAUGACGAAAAAUGUGUAUUUUUUUUCUUAAAAAACCUCGACUUCGUCUCGGUUUUUAUUCACCGAUAAUCACCUCGCCUUCGGCGAAUAAUUGUUAAAUAUUUGUACAAAGGCUGAGCUAUUAAAUUAAAUCAUGCAUAAAUUAUACAAUGGGCAAAUUAUACGUAUUCAAUUUACUCUGCCCCGGCAAAACUGACAAGACAAACUUUUCUUAUAUUUUCUUACCCAAUUUUUAUCCAAAUUUGUUCUUCAGUUAUGUCCAUUAGUUACAAAAAAUUUUAAUGAUUUAUAAUUUAAUAAUAAUAAUAUACACUUAAUGUCUGCUCCCGAGGGAAAUAGUUUGUUUUGUUUUCCCGAGAGUCGCAAUGUUUCCCGAGACGAAGUCGAGGGAAACAUUGAGAUUCGAGGGAAAACAAAACUAAUUAUUUCCCGAGGGAACAGACAUUAAGCGUUUUGUUAUAUAGCGACGAACAAAAAUCAACAUUCAUACAACAAUUGUAUUUCGUGACAAAAACUCUAUAGUGUAAACGAGUUUAAAAUUAAAACAACCUACUUAAACGGUUUCAGGAGCAUAUCCUGUUGCCUGUUGUGUAUUUUUCUUCUCUUUUCUAUUCUUUAUUUGAACACAAACUUGGAAAAUCGUAGUUUCUAAUAGCCUUUCCGGUAAUUACGUCACGACUAACACUGUUUUCAACUUCAGGGCGCGAAAUAACGGUCGGUCAACGGACAAUGUCCGGCUAGAAUGCGGAGUUGUCCGGUCAAAUUCUUACCUUGCAGGUCAUUUUGACCGGUCACUUUCGGUAAAAGAACAAACUAAUCUUCAUUUUAUAAUAAUAAUCAAAAUAAAGUAGUCAAGUACAGUAUGAUAAUUAAGAACCAUAACAUGCAUGUUGUCGAAUAUUUUGCAGGAAAACAACUCAAUGUACACCAGUUUUCGCACGCAGUACGUCACAAAGCCCAUGGGCCAUGGCUUUGGCUUAAGAGCUAAGACCAUGCUUUUAGCCCAGUACAAGCUGUUUUGUGUGAAGGAAUUUUUAAUUACUGAUUACAGUAAGGCUUUUUGUACUGGGAAAAUGGUCAUAUUUUUAGGGGUAUACUUUACUAGGCUUUGCUUUAAGCUGAAUAAUUUGACCGGCCAGAAAUUCGGUAUGUCCAAGCUAAAAUUGAGUUGGCCGGUCACCUUGACCGCCGACCCUCCAGCCGUUAUUUCGCGCCCUGAACUUAGGACCACCUUAAAAAGUAUGGUUAGACCAUAUAGUACAUGUCACACGUCUCGAAUGCGAUGCGAGAUUCGUAGUAUACUAGUUGCUUUGUCACUAUCAAAAUUUCUGUAAUCCCAGUAGGAAUUUUGCAUAGCCGUCGGUAAAUUCUAAGUUUUGAAGGAUUUGUGAGAAAUGUUUGAGGGAACUAACUUAUUAGGGCCAUUUAUGCGGAACAAAAUAAGACGCGACUUACAUAAGACGCGACUUAGGUAAGACGCGAGUUUGUCGUAUAAAAGGUACAAAAUUCUUAUGUAAGACGCGUCUUGGAUAAGACGCGUCUUACAUAAGAACAGGUCUUUUAGCUGUUCUUAUUUAAGUCGCGUCUUAACUAAGAAAUUUUGGACAAAAAGUCUAACUACACAUGCCAGAAACCUGAAACAACGUAAAAUUUAAUGCCUUGCAUAUUAAAACAAAAACAACCAAAACAACAUUAUAGCUAUAGCAAAUAAAUAAGACCAAAGCCGUAGAGAACCAUUUAUGCGAUAACUCCACUUAUUUAAGUCGCGUCUUAUGUAAGUCGCGACUUAUUUUGUCACGUAUAAAUGGCCCUAAUGUUCAACACUGAGUCAUUUCCCUCAAGCAUUUCUUACAAAUCCUUCAAAACUUAGAAUUUACAGAUGCAAUAUUCCAACUGUGAUCACAGAAACUUUGAUAGUGUAAACCAUGCAGUUACAUUAGCGAAUGGGCUAUGGUCUGAGAAGCAGAACAUCCUUCGUCAACACAUGCAUAAAAAAGAAUUUUGGAUUCUGACUAUUAAAUGUGGAAAUAAGCUUAAACACGAAAACGAGGCUGAGGGGCCAUGUGGCCCCUCUUGGCCCCUCAGCCUCGUUUUCGUAUUUUAGCUUAUUUCCACUUUUAGGCCAAUGAAAAUUGAUAUCAUGUUUCUCGUCCACAAUUUUCAAUAAUUUGGAGCGGGAUUUUUUCAUUUUUCAUUAUUUUUUGUAUUUGAAUUCUGCUUGACAAUAAUUUCCUUGACCCAGUAAAAACCCCCAUAAAAACUGAAGUAAAUCGGUGUAAAAUUCAUUUUAAUUUAAUACGUCCUACACUACAGUAUAUUUCUACACAUACCAGGGCUGACAUGAAAAAUAGAGGCAUUCUGGCGAGUAAUAUCUUUAGAAAGAUACAAUUUGAGUUGCGCUUGCGGAACGCAGCAAUAAGACUUUGAUCUGGAGAUCAAUUUGGUGUUUUGUUAAGCCUAUUUUUCAAAAAUAAUGAAUAAUGAAAAAUUUUCGUGCGGCAGAUAAAUCCCAUGCGGGCGGGGACGAGAAACAUGAUAUCAAUUUUCAUUGGCCUUAUUGGUCAAAAUCCAAAAUUCUUUUUUAUGCAUGUGUUGAAGAAGGAUGUUCUGCUUCUCUGACUAUAGCCCAUGAGAAACAAACUUGAAAACUAUUCCAUUUCAGGUGGUCCUAAGUUGAAAACAGUGUAGUUGUGACGUAAUUACCGGAAAGGUCUAUUAUGCUAGUUGUGCCGCCAUUUUGUUUAUUUAUGUACGUAGCCGGUGACGGCGGACAACAAUUUUUCACUUGUUGCCCGACGGGAUACAUUACAUUUAUCUGAAGUCACUUGACCUUGUAUUAGCCAAUCACUUUUGGUGUUCACCCUAGCUAAAUAACAAUGAUUUAUUAUUUAUAUUGCGCAAAUAUCUAUAUAUGAUCAAAGGCGCACAAAAUUUUGUAUUAAUAAAAAAAUUCUUAAUAAUUAUUCUUUCAAAUCAAAAUAUAAGACAUAUUUAAUUUUAAAAUAUGUACAAUAAUACUGAUUAACUUAGAUUUGUUUUGACUCAAAAAUUAUCUUCGGUAUGUACUUGUAAGUUUGUAAUAAUAUGUUGUUCUGAAUUAAAGCUUCAAACUAAUGUGUGUGUUAGAAAUGUAAUUAUAAUAUAACAUUUGUAAAUUCUGAACGCUGAUUGGCUAAGAGCCGUGUUGAUAUAACUCAAUGUCAACACGGAAAAUGUUUUCUUUAUAUUUUUUGUGCUAUAUUAUAAAAAAAAUAUAAAACAUUGUGUUUUCACACAAUUUCGAGUUUUCCCAAUUUCCACUUUUGUUCAUGAUAUAAAAAAUGUUUUAUAUUUGUUAAAUGUCACCAGUCUAUCCUGGCCGUAAAUGGUUAUUACUGGUGACAUGUACUUCUCAGAUUGUAAAUUUCUUCCUUUUUUAUGUAAUGUCUCCCCGCUCCCCUAUAAUGUUGGUUUUGACAUGCAAAUUUCAAAACGUUUUUACCUAAUGUAUGUAGCUAUUUGGCCAGGCCAGGUACACACGUAAAAACACACAGUUGUUACAAGUCUGCAGACAAGUUGUUACAAAUCUGUUCAGUUGUUUUUACCAGUUUGGAACAAGCUGUUAACAACUUGUAGCAAGUUUGAUGGCAUUAUCAGACUUGUUACAAAGUUGUUCUAACAAGUGUGAUACAGUCAUGAUGAACAAGAAUGUUACAAGGUUGACGACACAAGGUUGUAACAAUACUGUUAUAUCGUGACUGUAUCGGACUUGUUGGAACAACCUUGUAACGAGCCUGAUAAUAUCAACAAGAUUGUUACAAAUUGUUAACAGCUUGUUCCAAACUUGUUGACAACUUGGGACAAGCAGUGCGAACACAACUUGUUGACGGCUUGUUGGCAGACUUGCUACAAGAUCGGAGAUUUUUACGCGUGUAUUUCUAUUUCCACGCGCGCUGUCCACAAUAUUUUUUGUCAGGAUUGUAGAUAGAUCUGAUGUUGAUAUUGUAAAGAAUAACUCUUGUUUUAAUCCAUAUUUUAUAUUUCUUAACAAUUGUUUUUCGGACUUUGUUUUGUAUUAUACUAACAAUGGACCAUUUAAAAUGACUGAAAAACGGCAAACUUCGCAUGGCUAUAUUAUCCGCAUUUUACAACAUUCCGCAACGAAACUUUGAAUAUUACUAAUUUUGUGAUGCUCUUUCAAGCUGUGAUCAAAAUUUAGUCUAUAAUGCAAAUGGUCCAUUAGUUCCUAGUGUUCUAAUAAUUUAUUUUUUUUUUAACAUUGUGCAAUUUCCUCCAGCAAAAUGCGGUAGUAGACCGUAAUAGAGUGGACGAUAUCAUGGAAAUGAUGAAAUCUGAUCCUGUCUUUGAGGAAUUGUUUUCAAGUUUCGGUAAGCUUCAAUCGAUAAUAAUGAUACACUAUGUGUAUAAUUAACACGAGGGAAACAGGAUGUUUUGCCGGUGGACGGUCCGAUACUGCCUUCGCCGAGAGAAACAUUGGAAGUCGAAGGUCCACAAAACAUACAAUAGCGAAAUUCAGAUUUGACGUCCACUACCGCUAUACCAUUAAGGGACCACCAAUCAGAUGCGUUUGAUAUAUCCGAUCAACCAAUCAGAUGCGUUUGAUAUAUCCUAUCAACCAAUCAGAUGCGUUUGAUAUAUCCGAUCAACCAAUCAGAUGUGUACUAAGCUAGUGAGAAGUAGUGGAAAUUUCCCGAUUGUUUGUUUCCCGAAAGCCCCGCCCAGUCAAUAAAUAUUUUAUGAUUAUGAGUAUUCAGCUCACUCCCCGUAGGGGCUUUUCAGUGAACGAUUACACCAAGUAUUAAGGAGGAUUUCCAGUCAGUGCAAAAAGUUCCGCGAUCGACUUUUUGCGAUCGCUUUCUUUUGAAAUACAAACAGUCAAGCGGAACAAUCAAUUUCGGCCCAAAUGUGGUAGCAAUUUCCGCACGCAGUACAAAAGUAUUCAAAAUUUGCGAACUUUGCAAGGUUAUAUUUUCCGCAUUUUGCUACCAAACUUUGCAAUUUUACUCAUUUUAGUAUGUUCUUUCUAGCUGUGGUGAUUUAUUUGCAUCUCUUUGCCUAGUUUUAAAAUUAGUCUAUAAUGGGAAUUGUCUAUUAUAAUGUCUUUCAAUAAACUAUACGUGCAGCGGAUAGUGGGUGACAAAAUUACACUAUCCCAAUUCUAUUUAUUGGCCUCAAAUGCAAGACUACUGCAUAUUUUAUCACUCAGAAAAAUACAGAUUAACCACAUCUGCUGUAGAAUUCUUUGCUUGCACAUGACAUCACUACGAGUCAUUAGGCGCCAUCUUGGUUGAUUUUAAAGUUUUGUCCAGCCGUUUACAUCGAAAUAGUUGAGUUACUUUAAUAUUUUUGGUUUGUUUUGAAAACAUCUUACUGUAUUAUGGAUAGUUUACGAUUUCUGGCACAAUACGACAAAGAAUGAAGAAUAUAGAUUUUUAGUUGCCACAAAAAUCAACCAAGAUGGCGUCAGUUGCAAACGAGCAAUAGUGUUUAGUGAAACCCAGUUAUCCUUAUGGUAUCAGACUAACACUAAAGGUAUAUACAUUUUCUCACUCCAGAAAAUUUUGAAAGUUGUGAAGAGUCGGACACUGGACAGACAAAAGAUAGCGAACCAAAAAAUUCUUCUAACCCAAGCUCAACUUCUUUAGACGAUGAAGAAUGUGGUAAGUGAGAAAAUAACCUUUUCCUCCACCACCCUAAUUUAUGUCUAGAGUACCAAACAUCUUGACUCAACCAAACUGGUUUCUGAUAUCUAUAUGAUAUGCGUAUGCCAAGCAGCAGCCGAGCAAUGAGUGUGGAGGCAUUGACACAUAAUGAGGGUAGCUGAGUGUGAUUGUUUUACCCUAAUCUUAAUUACUCCUUUUAAUGAAGGAAAUUAAUAUAUAAAAUGUAAUUUCUACUAUUAAUGAACAUUCUUAAUAAUAGAAAGAAAAGCUACUCCCUUUACCCAUCAAACAAACUGGUUUCUGAUAUCGGUUCUAGAAGGGUGAGCUGGCUUUAUCUGCGGUUGUGCACUAUUCUAUACACCUUUCAAAAAUCCUCCUUUGUGUAAGAUAGGUCGGUAGUCUAGUCUAUAUAUAUGUUGUGUUUUUGUAAAAUAUUGAAGGAAUAUGCUUUCUUUAUGUUUUCAUCUAUAUUUCAUCUUCAUUCCUCAGCAAACGAAGCGUUAGAUGCUCUACUCCUGUUGGCAAGCUCUCCUGUGAGAUCUGUGCCUCCGUCCUCAGGUACUUUGGAAACACCACAGAAAUGUAACGCAUCUGUCAUGUUCAGCAGUCCUGUAGUACCUUCUACGAGUUCUGUCCCUGUGGUACUAAGCCCCGGAGGAUUAAAUCACUCGAAACGACCGUCACAGCCAAUCAUGUCGCAUGUUAGGCAAUUGAACUUCGUUGGCAAUGGUAAAACUGUCGGUAAUGGUAGUACUUCCCAGGGUACAUAUUCCGGGGAUAAUACCCCUGCGAGUACAAUAUUUGGAAUUAAACCUUUGGAAAACAGCAACUCUAAUGUUGAGUCUUCGAAAGUAUCUGUUAUACCCGAUAGGGAGGAAAUCUUUCAGAGCAAUACUUUCGAGGGAGAAAGUUCCAAGAUCAAUACUUCUGAGGGUAAAAUUUCGCAGGACAAAAGGUCCCAGAGUAAAAGUUCCGACAGCAAAAAAUUCGAGGGCACAUGCUCCGAGAGCAAAAGUUCCGAGGGUAAAAAUUCGGAGGUAAUUUCUGAAGGUCAAGUUCUUGAAGGAGAUGAUUUAAGUAGAGAAGAUGUUAUUUGUGUUAAUAGCAAGCACCCAUCGGCAGAGGGAACUUCGAAGAAUGAUCUAGACAAGACGAAAGAAAAUACAGAAGUGAGCAUUGUUGAAGAAAAGGGUGGAAUUGGACUAGAAAAAGGGGUGGGGAAUAACCCAGUUGUUCUUCAGAGUGGGCAAAAGAAAUCUGAAGGAAAUGGAUGUGAAAAGGGUCGUGCAGCAAGGUACAAAGACACAGCUCGCUGUAGCGAUGAAACAGACAUAAGAGAAAAUUUCGCACCAGACAUUAAUAUGUCAGACACAGAAAGACGUUCUGAGAAAGAAAACACAACAAGUUUUAACGAAUCUCCACUUAAAUUGAGUGUACUAGAAGACUUGGCUACAAAUGAAUUACUUCAAAGUAAAACAGUUAAACCUGCAGAAACUAGGGUUACGAAAGGAUCUUUGGUGAAAAAUGUGGAUGAAGAGGAAUGUAAUAGAACAAUUGGUGUGAUAUUAUGUGAACCAAUGGAAGCUAAAGGCAUUUCCACGGAACCUAACAAUACUUCCACGGAGGUUUCCGAGGAGCUUACGUCAUUAACCGAAGGACUUGUGUCCCAUGUCGGAGGUUUUGCAAAUAUCAUGACUCCCAAGAGCAACAAGACUUCUGGGAAUGACUUGAGUUCAUCUACAGAGUCUGAUAAGGUAUGUGUCUUUACAGUAUCGCAAUUUCUUCAUGCCUUCCUUUGGCUAGUUUGGCUUUGUUCGUUUUAAAUCACUCUGUUCUUCCGUUGAAGUAAUUUCUUCAAUUUCUUUCUGUUGUGCCGUAGUGCUAACUGAAUAUUUUACUUUUCAUGUGUUGUAAUUAGACAUCAAAACGAAAAUUGAAGAAGAAAAAAGUAAGACAUAUAUUGUGAAUUUUUUACACUGCCCACAAAUAGUGGAAAGUGCUAAAUGUGUUAUAUUCAAAAUUGGUUUAUACAUUUUCUAAAAUAUUCUUUCUAAAGUAAUCUCCUUGAACUCACGUUUGUUUUGUCUGUGUGUAGAAAUCAACACGAACAUCAAAGAAAGCAAAAAUAAUCCCAGAAGAUCUUGACGUGGACAAGUUCUUAUCAAGUUUACAUUACGUACAUGAAGGGAAAACGUGA